ACCACGCUGUUAUGUUCCUAAAGACUUUGGCCAAAUAGCAAAAACAGAGUUGCAUCAUUUUUCUGACGCAAGCUUGUGCGGUUAUGGUCAGUGCUCAUAUUUAAGACAUAUAAGCAAAGAUGAUAAAGUGCAUUGUGCUUUAGUUACAGCAAAGACCAGAGUUGCUCCUAUUAAGGUAACAACAAUACCAAGACUCGAACUGACAGCUGCUGUUGUCUCCAUUACUGCAAGCACCAUGUUAAAGGAUGAGCUUGGAUUGACACAGAUUGAUGAGUAUUUCUGGACGGACUCUAAGGUCGUUUUAGGCUACAUCAAUAACGAAGCACGUCGUUUUCACACAUUUGUCUCCAAUAGAGUUCAAAAGAUAAGGCUCAACAGCGCCCCCCAGCAGUGGAGAUAUGUUUCAUCUGAGCAAAAUCCGGCAGAUAUUGCCUCCAGAGGUUCAAGUGCAAGUGAGCUCAUUGCAUCAGACUGGUUCAAGGGGCCACAGUUUCUGUGGAACAAAGAAAUCUCACCAGCUGCAGAGAUUGACAUGAACGUACCACUCGGAGAUCCAGAGGUUAAAAGGGUACAUGCACUAAACACGCUCAAAACAGAGAAGAAAGGUUUAUCAGACAAGUUGACAAAGUUUUCCUCAUGGCACAAAGCCACUCAAGCCAUAGCUCGACUGAUUCGCUGUGCCAAGAGAGAUAAAACAACAGGCCACAGUACAGUACAGGAAAGACAAAAUGCACAAUGUGUUAUUCUAAAGGAUGUACAAGCAACUGAGUAUGCAGAGGAGAUAAAGUUGCUCAAGAAUGGAAAGGCACUUCCUCUCAAAAGCAAACUGUUUCAAAUGGACACUUUUCUUGAUAGUGAUGGACUCCUUAAGGUGGGAGGAAGGCUCCAAGAUGCUUCAUUCUCCUCCGCACUGAAACAUCCAAUAUUAGUUCCAAAGGGUCACCAUGUCACUCAACUAAUAAUAGCUCAUUUUCACAGUAAAGUGCAUCACCAAGGGAAAGGAUUGACAAUCAAUGAGAUCAGGUCAAAUGGAAUUUGGAUUCCAGGCAUCAACAAAGCUGUUGCAAACUUCAUACACCAAUGUGUAAAAUGUCGCAGACUCCGAAGAGGCACAGAGGAACAGAAAAUGUCUGAGUUCCCAAGACAGCGCUUAGAGCCAUCCCCACCAUUUACAUUUUGUGGAAUGGACUGUUUCGGUCCCUUUCUAACCAAACAAGCUCGCAAAGUGCACAAACGUUAUGGACUUCUUUUUACAUGCCUUUGUUGCAGAGCAGUCCACAUAGAAAUGUUGGACGACAUGACAACAGACGCUUUCAUCAAUGCGCUCCGCUGUUUUAUAGCUAUAAGAGGAGCAGUCAGUGAGAUAAGGUGCGAUCAAGGAAGCAACUUUGUUGGAGCAAAAAAUGAAAUGCAGGAAGCCCUAAAACAAGUGGACUCUAAUCGCAUUAUCACAUUUCUGGCCGAGAAACAGUGUGACUUCAAAAUGCACACUCCUCAUUCAAGCCAUACAGGAGGUGUAUGGGAAAGGCAAAUCAGGACAGUUCGAAACAUUCUGCGCUCAACAGCUUCACUUUCAUUAGGCAGAAUGGAUGACGCAUCAUUAAGGACAUUCUUUUAUGAGGCAAUGGCGAUUGUGAACAGCAGGCCUCUUACAGUGGACAACCUCAGUGACCCAAACAGCCCCGAGCCUUUGACCCCAAAUCACCUGCUUACUAUGAAGUCAAAGGUAGCCUUGCCUCCACCAGGUAAAUUCAUCAAAGAGGACAUUUAUGCACGGAAAAGAUGGCGGCAGGUGCAGUACCUAUCAGAACAGUUUUGGUCACGUUGGAAAAGGGAGUAUCUCUCCAACAUUGCAACGAGACAGAAAUGGCACACUCCAAGGAGAAAUUUGAAGGUUGGAGAUGUUGUCAUGGAGAAGAUGAAUGAUUUGCCUCGCAAUGAAUGGAGACUAGCACGUGUAAUGGAAACAGUGACUGACAAAGACGGACUUGUAAGGAAGGUAAAGAUUCGCUUUGGAGAAAGGAAGAUGGAGAAAGGACAGUGUUCCAGUAAACCUUCCAUAGUGGAACGCCCGGUGCAGAAACUGGUUCUGCUAUUAGAGACUGUUUAACUACAAUUUACAGUUUAAGGUUCUUUCUUAUGUGCUAUGUGUUUUCAUAGAGUUAAGGUUACAGGUCAUUUCUUCAUUAGGAAAUCAUUAUCGCUCCAUUUGUUUACCAGUUAAGUUCUAAUGAUUUGGUGGGAGUGUAACUGACCUGAUAUUUUCUUUAUGGUAAAUUGAUUAAUGAGUGUUUGUUAUUCUGCUGCAGCAGUAACGCCACUAAUGCUUUUAUUUUGAAAGGCUCAGAACGACAAGGCCGUAAAUCGAUUGUCGCAAACUGCAGCAGUAGCGCGAAGUCCAGUGUACAGAGAGAAGGUGCACUCCACGGUAAAGGACGGAGAAAAGAAUUGUUAAGGCAUAAUUUUAAGCUCUAAAGGGUUGCUCAGCACCUGGUUGAUGAGGGAACAAGCUCUUACGGUGUGUUCACGUGCAAGGCAUUUCAAAUAAAAGGAUCGUGAACCAUCAGUUAAAGAGACCAUCUUUUCAACCGGGACGCUACAAAGCUGCAGCUCUGAGUUGACUAACAGUAAAUGUGGGAUUGAUUCAAUGGCUUUCUUUUAUUUAUUUAUUUUUUUAAUAAUUGUCAAUAAACUAAUUUCC